AUGGUGAAUUACACAAUUACGAACAGGUUCAACUAUCGGACAGAAAGGAGCAAUGCAAUAAGCUACACUCUUGUGUGCAUAUCAGGAGAGUGUGAUUGGAAAUUCAGGGCGUCAAGUGUCGGCUUUGAUUAUUGUCGGCCAAUUGUGGUGGUUGAUGGAAGCCACUUAAAAACACCAUACAAUGGAACAUUUGUCUCGGCAAGCACAUUAGACAGUGCAGGCAGCAUACUUCCCUUAGCAUAUGGUGUGAUUGAUUCUGAGAAUGACAGAUCAUGGACGUGGUUUUUUGAGCGUUUCAGAGAAUCAUAUGGAAUCAGAGGGAAUAUGUGUAUCGUAUCAGAUAGGCAUGAAAGUAUAAAUAAGGCUGUUUGUCGAAUUUAUCCAGAAGUUGCACAUUAUGCAUGUAUUUGGCAUUUGUGGGGUAAUGUAUGUAAAAAAUACAAGAAGAGCCAUGAUGUGCUGAGUCCUAUUUUUUAUUCCAUGGCAAAGGCGUACACGCAGGAUGAUUUCGAUGAGUUAAUGGGAAAGGUUCAAAAGGUAGAUAUGCGCGUGGCAGAGUACUUGGAAUCGGCUGGUAGAGACAAGUGGGCUAGAUUGUAUGCAUCUGUUAACCGAGGGUGGACAAUGGCUUCUAACAUAGCAGAGUGCAUUAACCGACAUCUUUUAGCAGCUAGAGAACUGCCUAUAUAUGACUUUCUCGAAGAAGUUAGAAGGAUGUUUGGGAGAUGGAAUUACAAUAACCGGAGAAAUGGAACAUACACGUUCACUACACUCGGUAAAAAGUUUCAGGAGAUGCUAUCAAUGAACAAGUAUCUAUGUCUACGAAUGACGGUAGAACCGUCAACCGAAUUCGUGUACACAGUACAUGAUGGAGGACGACGAUUCAUUCUUAAUUUGAAUAGCAAAACUUGCAGUUGUCGUAUGUUUCAACUAGAUGAAAUCCCCUGCUCGGAUGCAUGGGUUGUCAUUAAAAAGAAAAAUCUGGUUGCUGAGGAUUAUUGCUCUGAUUUGUUCAAACCGACGACCAUGUUGAAGACAUAUGAUGUACCUGUGGAUCCUCUACCCGACGAGCGUGAAUGGAACAUUCCCAAAAACAUCUUGGAGGAUGUGGUUUUCCCCCCAAGAUACAAGAGACCGCCUGGUAGGCCAAAGAAGAGGCGUGAUAAGCCUUUAAGUGAAUUGUUGUUUGGAAAGGGCAGACAUGCUUGCAGUACUUGUGGACAACUUGGGCACAACAGACGUUCAUGUAGUUUUGAGCCUCAGAGGAAGUGA